AUGAGUUUAAUGCCAAAUGAUGAAGUAGCUUUAUUAAAUGAUAGUCGUUAUAAAAAUUUUAUUGCAACAUUAGAAAGAGUUCUUAAACAAUUUGAAUAUUCAUCUGAAUGGGCUGAUCUUAUAACAAAUCUAGUCAAAGUUAAAAAAGCUAUUGAAAGUUAUCCAAAAUUUCUUUCUAUACCUAAACGUAUAACUUUAUCAAAACGUCUUGCACAAUGUCUUCAUCCAGCAUUACCAUCAGGUGUUCAUUUAAAAACUCUUGAAGUUUAUGAAACAAUAUUUCGUAUGAUUGGAAAACGAAAUUUACAACGUGACAUUAUUUUAUAUUCAUGUGGUUUAUUUCCAUUAUUACCAGCAGCAGCAUUACCUGUUAAACCUGUUUUAUUAACAUUAUAUGAAACAUAUUUUUUACCAUUAGAUGAUGCACUUAAUCCAAUAUUAACUGGUUUUUUACUUGGAUUAUUUCCAGCAUUAGAAGAAGGUGCAGAUUAUUAUGAUAGAAUAUAUGCAUUACUUGAUAAUCUUUCAAAUCGAAUUGAUAAAUUUUAUUUUCAUACAUGUAUAUGGUCAGCUAUACAUUUAGUUGCAUCUGCAAGACAUUCAGCUUUAACAUUUAUAUUAAAUCAUUUUGAUAAAAGAAAAACUAUGGAAGAUCAACUUUAUUUAAUGGGCUCAUCUGUUGAAACAAUGGUCUCUGGUGUAUGUGCAUGUCUUCAAGAUCGUGAACAAUCAUUAGUUCAACGUUCUAUACUUGAUUUUCUUCUUAUAUGUUUACCAAUGCAUAAUAAACAAUUAACUAAAAUUGAUAUGAUGAAAAUAAUAACGGUUGCAUUACACGUCUUAUUAAAACGCGAUAUGUCAUUAAACCGACGUAUAUAUGCAUGGUUUCUUGGUACAGAACAAUCACCAAUUGAUAAUAGAAAUCAACAACAACAUAUAAAUGAAAUACAUGCAUCUACAACAUCAUUAACUGUAACAAAUGAUCCAUUUGAUUCAUCAUCUUAUUUUAUUCAAUAUACAAAAGAAAAUUUAAUACAAUCAAUAUUACAUGCACUUGAAACAAUAUCUUCAAAUACAUUAUCAACAACACCAAAAUCAAACCCAAUGACACCAGAUGAAAAUAGUGUAUUAAUAACAAGUAUUGCUGAGUCAAUGCCAUCAACAUGGACAUUAAUGAAAUUAAUUCGGGUUCUAAUUAUUCUCGUUGAUAAACCAGAUGUUGGUCCAAAUAUUCUUGAAUCUGUUUUAAUGAGCUAUUUAUUAAUGGUUUAUCAACAAAUAUAUUUACCAGCUAAACAAUUAACAUCAAUGAAUGUUCAACAAGAAAAUAAUCGUUCUGAAACGUUAAAAACUUUAAAUAUGCUUCUUGAUACAUUUGAACCCUAUUUUAUAUGGGAAUUUUUAACAAAAACUUUCGAUAUUAUUAUAACUGAACAACAAGAUCAAAUAAUUCUAACAGCCGGAACAACAAUCGAACAAUUAUGUGGAAUAAUAAAUAUGUUACUUGAUAUUGCAUCAUUAGAUUCAUCAACUGAUAUACAAUCGGAACAUUUACCUGAAAUGCUUUAUCAUCUAAUAAAAACAAUGAAUAAUAAUAUAAAUAAAUUUACAGCUGAUCAAAUAACAUUAUGUGUUGAAGUUUUAUUAAAAAUUUUAAAAAAAGUUGUACCAACAAACACAACACGUCGUUUAUCAAUUUUUCAUCGUUCAACAAGUGAUGAUAUGCUAUCAUUAACAGAACAAAAUCAAACACUAGAUAAUAUAUUUGAUGAAAAUUUAACUGAUAGUGAAACUGAUGAUGAUGAUAUAAAUCCGGAACAAAUAUUCUAUGCUGAUAAUGAAUAUUUAACUGAUACAAAUAAUCAAUUAACACCAACAAAUAGUACAAAUCAAUCACAAGAAUCAAUUUUAAUAAAUGAACAACAAUGUUUAAAUGAUAUUGAACAUCUUCUUCAUCGUAUGGUACAUAAAGUUGAAAAACAAAUUAAUAAAUUAAAUAAUGAAAAUAAAAAACUAUUAAAUGAACAACAAGCAACAACAUUAUUAACUAAAACAAUGUUACAAUCAAUGAAUCAUUUAGAGAAAUCUAUUAAAUUAUAUAAAAUAUUUUUUCAUCGUUUUAUAAUAACAUUUUUAAUUGAUAAUAAUAAAAUAACAAUGUAUGAAAAAUUUCAAAAUAUUUAUUCAAUAACACAAAAAAAAACAAAUGAAAAUAUUUUAGCACUUUUUAAUCAUUAUCAAACACAAAAUGAAUUUCAAUUAAAAUUAAAUGAUAAUGUCGAUUAUUAUAAACGUGCAUUUGAUGAUUGUUGUAAAUUACUUAUUGAAUUUUGUUGUUUUCAAAGACAAUCAUCGAUCACAGAUCAAUCAACAUUAUCAAAAGGUAAAAAUGAUUUUGAUGAUUGGUCUAUUGAUCUAUGUGUAUUAUCCGUUUGUGAAAGUGGUCAUUUUUUUAUUCAAACAAUUGCCAUAUCUGUUUUAAUUGAAUUACUUGGUUAUACAUUAUAUCUUUGUAAUCCAAAAUCUGAUCAUAAUUCAAAUGAAAUUUCAGCCGGUACAAAUUUAAUCUUACCAGAAAAUAUAUCAAUAAUACCAUCAUUUAAUCAAGAACAAGUAUCAUUACUUAUAAAUGAAACACUUUUUUUUCAACAUAUAACUGCUUAUUUAUGGGAACAUUUAAGUGAUAAAUAUGAACGACAAUAUAAUUUAAAAGCAUCACGUUUAUUAUCAAUGCUUCAUUCAAUGUUACCAAAUGGUGAUUGUGAAGAUUUAAUAUGUAAUCAAUUAUCAUUAACACAUAUACAACAAUAUGAAAAUGAAUCAAUUAUAAUUGAUGCAUAUAAACGUUUUUUUAAAUUAUGGAAUUCAACUCGUGAUAUAUCUAUAGUUACAUAUGGACAUUUAACUAAAACAUUUGAACGAUGUUUACUUAUUGUUAUGAAUAUUCUUAAUGAAUCAAAUAAUCGUUGUUUAAAAUCAAUGGUACAACAAUGGACAUAUGAUUGUUUUAUUCAUGGAGAUAUGUAUCGAAUAUUUGAUAUACUUCUUAUUAUGUUAUUACAUCCAGAUACAGCACGUAUUAGUGUACAAAGACUUCAUCCUGUAGCACAUAAAGAAUAUUUUCCUAAUCGACAAAUAAAUUCUAUUGAUCAAUUAUCAAAUAAUUCAAAUUAUCAAGCACAAGAAAGUAAUAUUAGUAAUGAUACAGAUGAUACAAGUGUUGGUGAUAUUAAUGAAAUAACAUUUUCAGUAUUAAUUGAUGAUAGAAAUAAUGAUGAUUAUAUUGGAGAAGAUGAUGAUGAUGAUGAAAAUUAUGAUGAUGAUGAAGUUGAACAAGAAGAAAGUGAUGAUGAAAAACGAAUAAGUGGUAUAAGCUGUACGGAUACAGGUGAAGUUGUCUAUCAUAUAAAACAAUCAUCUCCUCAACCAAUGAAGACUAAUGCAAUAAAACCUCCACCAACUUUAAGUCUUUCUCAACCAAGUCUUUCCAAUAGUCGAUCAGCAUCUCCAACAGCAUCAUCAAAAUGUGUUAAACGUCGUGCACCAACAAUGCCAACAGUUUUUAGUCGUAAUAAUAGUGGUAUUGAAACUGAUAGUACAAAAAGUAGUAAUAAUAAUAUUCAACGAAUGUAUACAUCACUUCAUGAAGAUACAACAAAUGAAACUGAUUCAUUAACUGAUACUCAAUUAAUAAAUUCAGCUAUAAUUUCAAGUUUAAAUAAUAAUAAUAAUAGUCGUCGUCCUCAUUCAGUUGGUCCUAUUCCACAUGCUGUUACUGUUGAUGGUAUAUCUGAACAACCAAUAAGUCCAUUAAAAUCUUUAAAUGAAUCCGAUUCAUUACAAAUAAAUAAUAAUUCAACAAAAAAAAUAGAAUCAAUUGAUCGUUUACGUAAAAUUGAUUCUCAUUUAGCUUAUAUAUUAUUAUAUACACAACCAUAUGAUUAUAAUCGUACAACAUUUGCUUUAAAUACAAUUGAAAAAUUAAUUGAUUUAAUACCACAACAAUUAAUUCAUGCAUUAUUACAAACAACAAAUAUUCAAUUAUCAUCAAUAUAUAUUCAUAAUAAACGUUUACAUGAACUUUCAUUAAGACAUCGUCAUGCAGUUGAAGGAAAAAAUUUUUAUUCAUCGAUUGAAAAUAAUUUAAAUCCUCAACAUCAAUCAUAUUUAUAUACAUUAUUAAAUAUACUUUUAAUAUAUACACGUACUUAUUAUUCAAAAUCAUUUGAACAUCGUUUAAAUUUAUAUGAUUUACAAGGUAAUCGUAAAGUUCAUAUACAUUCAUUAACAUUAUUAAAACGUAUGUGUCGUGAUAUAUCAUCAAUAUGUAUGGAAAAUAUUCAAAUAAAUAUCACAUUAAUAAAUUAUAUAAAUGAUUUAUUUCAAAAAAUUUCAUUUCAAAAAACAAUUUUACAUUUAUUUAAUACAAUUAUUGAAAAACUUAAUCCAAAACAACGUUUAAUUAAAAUAAAAACAUUAACAAAAAUUAUUUAUGAUUAUAAUAUUGAAUCAUAUUAUGAUGAAUUAACAAGACAAUAUUUAAGAGAAUUAGUAGAAUUAUUAGAAGAAAUUAUUUUACUUGAAAAUAUUCUUCGUUAUCAUCAACAACGAUAUGAUUUAAAUUCUAAUCAAAAAAUUGAUUUUAUUAAUUUAAUAACAAAAACAAAUCAAAUGAAUUCAACAAUAAAUCCAUUACGUUAUAUUGAUAAUCAACCAAUUGUUAAUCAAAGUCUUUUUCUUUCAUCCAUAUUACAAUAUUUAAAACAAAUUGAUUUUAUUGAAAAUCAUCGUCAUAUUAUUAGUUUAGUUGUACGAAUAUUACCACAUUGUGGUUCAUCAUUAAAAUCAAUAAGUAGUUUAGUUAUUGAACAAAUAUGUCGAAAUUUAUGUUUUGUUGUUCAAACAUAUCAUCAACAACAACAAGGAAAUAAAAUUAGAUUCAAACAAUUACCUUAUUUUGAUGUCUCUGAAUAUAUUAUUCAUUUAAUUCAACGUCUCUCCUAUAUAUGUAAUCAUUGUCUUCAUGGUAAUGCUGUUGAUAAUGGACAAUUUUCAAAUCAAACACUUAGUCCACCACAUUGGAUGAAAAUGUUAACAAUUAAUGAACGUGAUUUAUCUGAUGCACGUCAAUCCAUACUUAAUCAACUUCCAUCAAUACUUUCAAGUAUUAUAUUUAUAUGGAAAACAAUAUCUGAACAAUAUAUAUUUGAUAAUACAAAUGAUCAAAUUAUAUCAAACAUUGGAGUAAUUCAUCAAUCAACAAAUCUUAUUUGGCCAUUACAUAGUGUUAAACAAAUUCGUCAAACAAUUCUUGAUUAUCUUUCAUCAUUAACUAAAUCAAAUGGUGUUUCAUUUCUUAGUGCUGUUGCACAAUGUUGGGGUGAACGUAAACGACAACAACGAACUCAACAAAAAUCUAGUACACAAUCAACAUUAGAUACAUCAUCACGAACAACAAUAUUAACAAUGCCUAGAGAUAAUAUUGGUGAAGCACAAGCUUUAAUUGAUAUUGUUAUGAAUAUUAAUGGAUAUACAUUAAAUGAUAUGAUACCAAAUAUGAAUGAACUUAUACGUAAUCAAUUAACAACAAGAGAUAAGUUUUUACAGUUAUCGGCACUUUAUAAUAUGAAAGUUGUACAGAAAAAAAUGAAAAAACAAAAUUAUGAUGUAUGGUGUCUUCAAUUUCUGUUAGCAUAUCUUCAACAUCAAAAAAAUUUAUCUGUUGAUUGUUGGCCAACAUUAGCAUUUAUGUUUAAAGAAUGUUUAUCACAAUCGAUAUCACCACCAGCUACAUUUUUAAUAAUACGAAUUUUAAGUUUUUAUAUAAAACAAUCACCAUCACUUGUUGAAAGAAAAGAUUUAAAAGAUUUACAAGAUAUAACAAUGAGAGUACUUGACAAUUGUAAUACAAUAGUUGCUUCAUCACUUGAACAAACAACAUGGUUAAGAAAAAAUCUACAAGUACGCGUUGCACAACCUGAUAUUCAAUCAGCUAAAAGUGGUUCAACUGGUAAUCAAACAACAUCGACAGGGACCAGUUCAUCGCAUGAAACUGAGAAUAUUCCUGUUGAUGAUACUACUGAUUUUGAUAGUGUAACACAUGCAAAUAAUAUAGGAGAUCUUAUAAACAAUGGAAAUUUUAGUUAUCUAGCAUUAUCAGUUCUUGCUGAACAUGCUGCAACAUUACUUGAUAUAGUUUAUAAUCGAACAGAUGAAAAAGAUCGUGUUGUAUUACCAUUUUUACAAAAUCUUGUUACAAAUGUUAUGCCAUAUGUACGUACACAUGUAGCAGCAAAUGCUCCAUCAUAUCGUUCAGCAUCAGCUUUACUUAUGAAUAUAUCACAAUAUUCUUAUACACGAAAAGCAUGGAAAAAAGAAGCAUUUGAACAAUUAUUUGAUGUUGCAUUUUUUCAACUUGAUAUUAUUGCAUUACGUUCAUGGAAAACAAUUGUUGAUAAUAUGAUAACAAAUGAACGACCAACAUCAUUUCGUGAUGUUAUGACAAAAAUUAAUACUGUACAAACUGGUUUAUUUGUAUCAAAAGAACAUGAAUAUGAACAACGUGCUAUGCUUGUUAAACGUUUUGCUUUUGUUAUAUAUGCAUCAGAAAAAGAUCAAUAUAAUCGACAAUUACCGGAAAUACUUGAACGUAUUGCUGAUUUACUUAAAUUACCACAAGUACCAAUAUUACAUACACAAAUGUUUCUAUUUCUACGUGUUCUUUUAUUGAGAAUAUCAACUAAAAAUUUAAUCUCAUUAUGGCCAAUACUUAUGACAGAACUUAUACAAGUUUUAUUACAACUUGAACAAGAUCUUUUAUCGGAUCUAGAUGGAGAAGUCAAAUCUCAGGUACAACGCAUGGUAACCAAUGAGUUAGCUACAACAAAUGUAUCAAGUACUUCAAAUACUUCUAAUCCUGCACUAAAGAUGUAUUUAUAUGCAUGUAAAUUACUCGAUGUAUUAUUAGCUAUGCCCUAUUCAGAAUUAUAUCAUUUUCAACUUUUUCGUUCUGCGUUUGUUACUGAUGAAUAUAUAAAUGAUAGAAAAUCUCCUGUUGAUACAUUUAUUGCAUUUUCAAUACGUUUAUCAAAAUUACUUGAAAGAAAAUUACAAUUAAUGUCAACAUCAAUACAUGAACGCCUUCCAAUAAUAAAAAAUACGAAUCGUCCAUUACUUCGUUUACGUACAAUAACAAAUAUAAUUGAAUUAUAUCCAUUUUUUCAUUGUUUAACACAAAUGCAUACAUAUGAUCAUCAUCAUUAUCAACAUUCAUUACCAACACAUACAAAUAUAUCAAAUAAACAAAUAUCAAUACCUAAAAAAAAAGAAACAUCAAAAAAGAAAAAUAAAUCUUUAACACAUAUAUCAUCAUAUAGAAAAUCUGAAUCAACAACAAUGAAUUCAAUUAAUGAAGAAACAAUGAGUGAAAUUGAAACAAGUGUACUUGAAGAUUUUGUUGAAUCAUGGAUAUAA